UUCAAUAGCCAAUUCAAGUUUCAAAUCUCGGGGGCUGAGUGAAUUGCUAUAGGAAUUGCGAAAAGCUCAGCAUUUCAUUUCAAUUUCCAAGCAUGGAUAAGAAGAAGCAGGAGCACACAGGGAACAAACCGAAACAGCAAUCGACCAUGGAGAAGAAGAAGAAGAAGAAGAAGCAGCACCAGCAAAAUGAGAAUCACAAGAGCAAGAGCAUUCACGACACUCUCCCUCUUGAGCUGAUUCACAGAAUCUUACUGAGGGUUCCGCUCAGACAUCUCGUUCGCCUCAAGUGCGUUUCAAAGCUUUGGCACUCUCUCAUUUCCGAUCCCGACUUUGCGGAAUCGCAUGUUCACCUCUCUGCCGCACCCACCCAUGUAUGCCUCCUCAUAAACGAUUACUCCGAGGCUUGCUCCGUUGACAUUGACACAAUAUUUCACGGCUACAAGCAUGCUACUGCAGUAAAAGAGGUAUCUCUCCCUUUCAAGAUGAAAAAACAUUAUGAUUUUGAAGUUAUCUGCUCCUGCAGAGGCUUUGUUCUCUUGCACCGAGCUCCGCAUUUUUUUGUCGUAUGGAAUCCAGUGACUGGAUCCAGCAAAAUAGUAUCCUACUCUCACAUUGUUUCUCGUUGUAAUCGCAAGUGGUGUUUUGCGAUUUUGUAUGGAUUUGGUUACGAUGCUUCACAGGAUGAUUACUUAGUUGUUGUAGCUUCUCGGGAUAAGAAUGGCCAAGACCACUUUGAUUGCUUGUCUUUGAGAACCAAUUCAUGGAUUAAUCUUGAUUCUGCACUCCCCAAAACCUUGGGUGUGAGGAACUGGGAAUCGUGUGGGUUCUUCUUGAAUGGCGCUAUUCAUUGGUCGUCUUGCACUCUUGGAGUUAAAGAUUACAGUAUUCUUAUAUUUGAUUUGAAGGAAAAGAGUUUCUCAACCAUAUCUAUGCCUGAACAAGUAAUGUGUUAUCUCAAACCCACUCGUCUCGCCCUACUAGGAGGGUGCCUAGCCUUGUAUUCAUAUGAAUACGGUAAAACUAACAUAUGGGUGAUGAAAGAAUACAAAGUGCAUUCAUCUUGGACUUUUUAUCAGAUUUCUCGUGGAGAGUGUGUGCCUCUAUGCUUAUCCAAUGGUAGUGACAUUGUUGCACUUGAUCCUGCCCCAAUAUCUACAUAUACUGACUUAAGGUUUGUCGAAUAUAAUGCCAGAGGAGAGCUCCGCCGAAUCAAUUAUUUUGAUUAUCCUCAUCUCCAACAUUUUAAAUAUAGUAGUCAUGGAUUGUCUAAUUCCGGCACAAACUACACUGUAUACACAGAGAGUCUCGUGUCACUCCCUAGUGACAUUAAGGAUAAGGAUAGGGAUAAAGGACAAGAAGAAGAAAAACGGCCAUCAGAAUCAGAAGGAUGUCAAACAGGGAAAGAGAACUAGGAGCGAAUGACUGAACAACAGAGACACUUGAUUCUGCUGUAAAUAAAGUGUAGGAUUGGCAAGUUCAGCUGGAAGAAGCUUCUAAAGUAUGAUUUUCCUUCCAUAUGAAUGUGAAAAACUAGAACAUUUAAAAGUGCAAAUACAGUUUCCUUUAGCUAAAUGCAAUCUCUUAUAUUAUCUGCGUUAUCUUUAUUUAAUAUUGCCUUGGUUGAGUUAUCAUGUCUACACAAAAUAUCACACAUUAGUAUGAGAUUUGAUUUGUCAAUUCAGUUCGGUAGUAAAUAUUUUAGUAUUUUGUUUGUUGGGAUUACAGUUGGAAUAUUUGUGUUUGCCACUUGAAUUCUUCACUGUUCGUUGAGCAUGUGCUCCUAGGUCUUUCUUUCAUGGUAGGUUAAUUGAACUACGUUAAAUUUUCUAUUUUCACCUUAUCUUUUGUUCUAUCUGGUAAUGAAACCUUGUAGCAUGUUGAUAUAAUUGUUAUAGUGGUGUAAAUUUUAC